AUGACUCUCGGCCUGGCCCUCGCGGACCCCAUGUAUACGUCGGCGGGCGACCUGCAGGCCGACGGCUCGUUCACCAAGGACCUGCGCUUCUUCAGUGGCCAGAAGUCAGCCAUGCACGCGCUCCGUGCCGCCGGUGUGGGCGUCUACAUCAUCGGCGCGUCACCCGAGUUGUACACCAUUCCAACCAGUUGCUUCGGACUAGGCGACAUGGUGCCCAAGGAGAACAGGUGCGACGUGCGCUUCACGACGGACGAGGCCGAUGCUUCACUGCUGAACGACAGGACCUGCGAGUUCUUUGGCACUACGGAGUCCGGCACCAACAACACCUAUCUCCUGCAGGGCGGGCCUAGCCAUCAGUACGUGGACCACGUCACGUGCCUGCUGGCCGAGGGAUUCAUCAAAAAUGAAGGCAAAAGCGGUUUAGCCCUCCACCUCUCCUUCACCCCUAGCAAGUUCGCCACCACUAAGGUCACCAAAGUGUUCUGCGACCGCCAUGGCCACGGGUCCACACGCAGCUUCACCACGCACAAGCACAGAAAGGUUGUGUGCGCGCUGAAACAGGGUGGUGAGGCCGGCAAGAGCAAAUCGAACAUCCUCGGCUGCGUGCAUGAGUGA